AUGGGUACUUUUGACCUGUUGGCAGAGCUUCUACGGAAAAAUGGGUUUGACCCGUCGGGGCUUGAAAUGGCGCUCGAGGGCCACGAUUUCCGUGACGAAAAUGACCACGAGUACGCUUUCCAGUUCAUUGUGGAGAACCAGCGAGGCAUGAAGUUCUUUGGCAUCCCUUGCUUUAACAGGAAAUCCCUUAUUCCCGUGAUCGACCCGCCACAAUAUACCCGUGUGGAUGGCUCCCGAGUGACGCUUUCCGAUGAUCAUAUUGAAAACUACCCGUUGCCAGACCUCGGCUGGCACUGGGGCUGGGACCAGUGGUAUGUGUUGAUGCUAAACGACGUUGACGAGCAAGGCUGGAUGUACCUGAGCAUUGUGUUCAGACGUGGGCUGCAUUGGCAUGGCAAGUAUAACUUUGGCAAUUUCGUUCGGAGACGCUUGUGGGUUCGUUUGAGGGUUCGUUCACUUGAAUUGGCUGGAAAAGAACCUGAAACGGCUCGUAAGAAGCCCCAGCUCGUGCUUGAGCCUGGUGCUGAGUCUUUCCAGGCGCCACUGACCACUUCCUCGGAAGAUUUGGAUGUAGACCAGCAGGCAGAGCUUUCAGAGGCUCCUGCUCCUCCCAAACGGCUCCCCAUAGCCCUGGUUACUACAGUUAACAAGAAAAGGCAGGAUGUUGGAGUUUCAAAAGCCAAUGGCAAUGAUGUGAGAGGUGUUCUAUGCGUGAUAAGGCAGUAUUGCAGAGGUGAAGUCACCGACGUGUCUAUCGAAAUUGCCGCCGAGUGCCUGGCUUUGAUAAGCAAGUGCAAUCUUAGAGAUACACAUCUGAUGUAUGUUCCUUGGAUUACUUUACUUGUUGAGUGCAUUGUCUUUGCAUUUGGUUCAGAGUUCGAGGCGUCUGAAAACACGCUUGUGCUUGUCGAUACCCUUUUAGAUACCCUCCACGCGUUAUUCAAGAAGAGCAGUGGUGUAUUCACUAGUCAAUUGGUAUCGAUAUUCAUAGAUUUGGCAGCAUCUGUGUUUCCCAAGGAGAAAGCUACCGUUGUCUUGCUGCUUCUUCGAUCUAUGUCUUCGCUUGACUUAUCGAAAUCGUACAUCAAACGAACCCUCUUAUCGGAGCAUUUCUGUGUAUGCUUGGAAGAGAUCCUUGAACGUCUUUUAGCAUUGAUACAUAUCUACGUCUCUACGUAUGAUGCUGAUAAUUUGAACUGCGUUCGGUCUACAGUGCUAGCAACCAUGCUAUACUUUGGACACAAAGGGAUUCUAGACUACUUUAAUUCUUUGUGUUGGUAA